AGGAGGGUGGUUGAAUUCGUUGUUCCUUAAAAACUCUUGAUUUGAUUUGCUUUGAUUUUAUUAUUUCAUAGAUUUUAAUGAGUUAUAAGGGCAUAGCUGAAAUGGGUAUAGUUAGUAAUUUUUUGUUUUGAGGAGGGUAAGAGACUUACUUGGCAUUUCCGCUUUUGAGUAGCGAAAGAGAAGUAAAAUGGUAAAUUUCAUGUCUAUGGCCAUGGGAAGCAGAGCUACUGUCUUUCUUCUUCCUACCCUUUUCUGGUUGUGGCUGAGUAGUGACACUUGCAACGGUGUUGCAAGUGAUAUUCAAUGCUUGAAAGACCUAAAAGCAUCGCUGAACGACACAAAUGGUUACCUAUCUUCGUGGGAUUUCAACAACAAGACAGAAGGGUCCAUCUGUAAAUUCAACGGCAUCGAAUGCUGGCACAAUGAUGAAAACAAGGUCCUAAACAUACGCCUCUCGAACAUGGGCCUCAAAGGUCGGUUCCCGGUGGCUCUGAAAAACUGCACGAGCAUGACAGGAUUGGAUCUAUCGACAAACGACCUCUUCGGACCCCUUCCUGAUAACAUUGGUUCAAUAAUACCAUACGUGACAACCCUCGACCUCUCCUAUAACAAUUUCACCGGUGAUAUUCCGGAUAGCUUUGGGAAUUGUAGCUACCUGAAUACACUUAGUCUCCAACACAAUCGGUUUACAGGUCAGAUCCCCUGGCAACUCGGCCGGCUUGAUCGGUUGUCUCAGUUCAGUGUCGCCGACAAUUCUUUGUCGGGACCAAUUCCUCCCUUUUUUAAGAAGCAAUCAAUACUGGCCUCAAGCUUUGCGAAUAAUGCGGGACUUUGUGGGGCGCCUUUGGAUGUUGUUUGCAGAGGACCUGUGAAAAAGUCACGUACCAGUGUCAUCAUUGGUGCGGCCAAUGGCGGGAUAGUGCUCUCAGUUAUAAUUAUCGGUGUUAUUCUGUUAUUCAGUUUCCGUAAAGUAUCUGAGAAGAAGAUGGAAGAAGAGGUUGAAGGAAACAAGUGGGCAAAGAGUAUUAAAGGAACAAAAGGCAUCAAGAUCUCUACGUUUGAGGAAUCAGUUCCAAAAAUGAGAUUGAUCGAUCUCAUGAAAGCCACUAAUAAUUUCGGCAAAGACAACGUCAUGGGCUCAGGGAGAAUGGGCACCAUGUACAAAGCGAAGCUUCCAGAUGGUACUCUUCUUACAGUUAGGAGACUUGAAGAUUCUCAUCAUUCUGAUAAGCAUUUCAUAUCGGAGAUGAAUACGCUGGGAAGCAUAAAACACCCUAACUUGGUGUCGCUUAUGGGCGUUUGCAUUGAAAGAAAGGAGAGGCUUUUGAUAUACAAAUAUAUGCCCAAAGGAUCUUUAUAUGAGAAUCUUCAUCACCCAAAAGAUAAAUCCAAAUUCAUAGAAUGGCCUCUAAGGCUGAGAAUUGCGAUUGGAGUGGCAAGAGGUCUGGCGUGGCUUCACCAUUGUUGUAGUCCUUGUAUAAUCCAUUGCAACAUAAGCUCCAAACGCAUCCUAUUGGAGGAGGACUAUGAGCCUAAAAUAUCUGAUUUUGGAUAUGCAAGGUUCAUGAAUCCAGUCGAAACUCAUUUUAGUACUUCCGUUGUUGGAAAUUUUUUUAACUCAGUCUUCAUCGCACCUGAGUACAUGCCCACGUUGGUCCCCACUACAAAGGGUGAUGUUUACAGCUUUGGAAUGGUGAUGCUAGAGGUGAUCACUGGCAAAGAACCAACUCAAGUGGUGAAUGCUCUUCAAAACUUCAAAGGAAAUUUAAUGGAAUGGAUUGCUUAUCUUUCAAAUUACUAUGCCACGGAUGAGUCUUCGACUGGAAGAGGUUGUGAUGGUGAGAUCCUUGAGUUCCUUGGAAUUGCAUUUUCUUGUGUUGCAUUAGAUCCAGAGGAGAGGCCGACGAUGUUCCAAGUAUACCGUCUUCUAAGAGCUAUCGGCGAGAGUAAUGAUUUUACAAAUGGAGAUGAGAAGCUGAUGCCCCUUGAUUGUAUCAAUAUUGAUUGCCCAAGUGAAUUUAAUAUUUGUCCAGAAAUUCAGGAAAUUGAUCGUGAGGGUGCAAAUGAGAACACAUUACAGUAGGCAUUGAACUUGGAGAAGCAGCAUCAUUUUAGUCAGUCUAUAAGAUCAAUUGCAUUGCAUAUCAGCUAUGUUUUUCUAAUUGAAAUGUCGGUCUGUUUGUGUAUUGUAUCGCUUUUAAGGUUUUUUGUAUUGAGAAUGUCUGUCUGUUGGUUGAUUAUAUUGCAUAUAAAAGUGAUAAAUAAGCUUUUUUAAGGUC